GAAAAACAUGAGUGUUAUUUUUAUGCCAAAACAUUUCUAAUUUCUAAUAAUUUUAUAUAUUUUAAAAACUUGUACUUCGUUAAGCAGUUUUGAUAAUCGAUCUAAAAAUGUCUAUUAGAAAUCCACGUCUACCUAUGUUGCCCGGAUAUGGAUCAAAUCCAAUGAUUGGGCGAAAGCAUUUUGGUUUGCGGCCAAUAUUCACCUCUCUCAACAAAGUGAACAUGCUGGUAGAUAAAGGCGAGGACUACGACCGAGCGCCUUCCGUGUACGGUCGCAAGCAAGCGCCUGAACUGCCCGCCUGGAUUGUAUACGACAAAAGUAUAUUGCACUUCCAAGCGUUCUUCCAAGAGUCACUGCACGAGAUGCGCCUGGGCACUCGCAACAUUCGGAAGGUCAGCAUCUACUUCUACCUUGAGGAUGGCACUAUUAAGGUCAUGGAGCCACGAACUGACAAUAGUGGAACGUGGCAAGGACUUUUAAUAAGAAGACAAAGGAUUCGUCUCCCGCACAGCUAUGACCUUUACUACGAUGUGUUGGACCUAAACAUCGGUCUGGAGGUUAACUUUUUCGGAAAAGUUUUCAAGGUGGUAAAUUGCGACAACUUUACUCGAGUGUUUUUGAACAGACUUGGUAUCAACGUUCCUGAUCCAAUUCCAUGGCCGGAUGCGAUUGAGAGGACUCCAGAAAAUAAGAAAGAACCGAAGCAGUAUGCCUUCAAGCAGUUUUUGGACUUUGAUCGACAAGUUUUGAGAUUUUUCGGCUAUUGGGAUGACCGAGAAUCAGAGUAUGGCCUCAUACAUCACUUGGAAAUACACUACUUCUUGAGCGACGAUACCAUUGAGAUCAAAGAGAUAUUUCCGCACAACUCUGGAUCUGAAAAUGGACCAAUGUUCAUGAAACGGAUGCGGUUGCCACGUAAGCUGCCUCCAUGUGUAGAGAUGAGCGGCGGGCCGCGGGUGCCGUCCUACGAGCCGUCGGACCUGAGCAUCGGCGCGGUGCUGGACGUGUUCGGGCGCCCGGUCGUGCUCACAGACUGCGACCCCUACACCAAGGAGUAUUAUAGAGUCACUUAUGGGUUUGAUGCCUUCCAACCGCUACAAACACCUAAAGACGACACUAUAGAGUGCAUUAGCACGCGCGUAGCAGACCGCAAACUGCCGCCGUGGAACGGGUACGGCUCGUAUGAAGACUCGGCCGAGAACUGCCGCACGGUGGAGCCGCGGGCGCCGCACAGGGACUUCAUCAAGUUUCUGCAUAAGGAUCGGGUGGGCUUUGACUCCCACAUCCUGCGGUUCGCGGGGCGCCUCAUCAACGACAACCCCGUGGACGCGCGCCGCUACUUCAUCGUCAAGUACUUCCUGUGCGACGACACGAUCGCUGUCUUUGAACUAGGAGAAAGGAAUUCUGGAUUCAAUGGCGGUCAAUUCUUCAAGCGCGACAAGAUGUACCUACCGGACGUGGAGUUCUACGUGCCCGAGGAGCCCCCGUCCUACACCGACCGGGACAUGUGGGUCGGCAACGAGCUCGUGAUCAACAAGCACCGGUUCCGGUUGAUUGCUGCUGACGAGUACGCGUUGAGGUACUUGGAGCUGCACUGUGAGAAGUACCCGAUGGCUAACAUAGCUCUCAUAAUGGACAAAAUUCGGAGGACUUUGGCGUCGCAAGAGAAUGGUUACAAGAACUUUGUAGCCAAAUACAUGGAUGCAGUCGAGCCACAUAAGAAGGAACUUAUGAGCGUGCGAUGCUUCAGGCAAGCUCUAAGAGAGAUAAUGUGUGACAAGAUGACAGAGCAUGAAUUUAUCACUAUCAUUCGACAUUUCCGAGGCGAUCCCGGCAAAGAAAGGAGUCCCCGUUAUGAAAUGAUUAGAUCGCUAGUCUUCUCCGACAUAACCCGCGGUCUCUGGGACGCUCGCGAGCGUCUGCGCGAGGGGCUGCUGCACGCGGACGAGGCCAGCGCGGGCGUGCUCACUGCGCACAGGAUGCGGCAGCUGCUGCGGGCUCAUAGACUGCCGGUCAACGACGAUCUGCUGGACUGUAUGCUGUCUGUGCUAGACAAAGACGAGCAGUGCAACAUCCGCUGCGACUCGCUGAUGCAGUUCCUGGACUUCAAGACGCGGCCGGUGUUCGCGACUGAUGCGGACUACCUGAAGGUGGUGAGACACGCGCCGCCGGUUAAGGACACUGAGUGUAAAAUAUGGGGCGAGACGGAACUCCUGAUCAAGGAAGGGUUCGUGAAUUGGAACGCCUUCCUCUGUCAGCUGAACCUCGACCAUCUCGUCAAGGACCAACCGUGAGCUCGUCACCAAUUAAGCUAUUUCUUACUAUUUUUUAUUUUUUGUGUGAUUUUGACAGUUUUGAUGAGUGUGUAAACCACGAGUGUUGCGUGUUUGAAUAAAUCAUGUCAUAUAUUUUGGGAUCCUACAUGUUUUAUUGACUGGUCAAGGGAUUAAAAUGAUUAGGAAACUUACAAAUAUGAUUAGAAUUUGUUUAUUUUCUUAGAUCACAAUAAAUACUGUCAGAUAAACA